AUGAAUGAAGGCAAUCGGAAUGACAGUUUCAUGCUGAAUAACAUACACAGACCUACAGAUGUGAUCUCCGAGAUUGAGCAGCCUGCUCUUGCCCCAGCAGAUGAAGGCAAGGCAGCAUGGCUGAUGUUGGCUUCCUCCUGUGUGAUCCAACUACCAGUCUGGGGAUUCUCAACUGUGUUUGGUGUCUUUCAAGAAUACUACUCUACCCAUGACGUCCUGCGGGGAAGCAAAGGAGACUUGGCCACCGUGGGAACCACUUCAACGGGUCUACUCUAUCUCCUUUCACCAGUCAUUUUCACCCUUCUCACACGAUACCCUCGUCUGCAGUACUACUGCGCUCCAAUUGGUCUGGUCAUCACCGUCCUGGGAUCCCUGCUGUCCUCAUUCUCGGUGCAGGUAUGGCAUCUCAUUGCAACGCAGGGUGUGAUGUGCGCUAUUGGAAAUGGCCUGCUGUUUAGCCCAUCUUCCUUAUACCUGGAUCAGUGGUUUUUGCGCCGCAAGGGCCUCGCCAUUGGAAUCAUGUGGGCUGCUAAGAGCAUUACGGGCGUCGUCCUUCCGUUUAUCGCUAGUGCUUGUUUGAACAAAUUUGGAUCCAGCACUACAUUGAGAGCUUGGACUGUCACGACGUUGCUGACCACUCUCCUGGCUCUACCUUUCAUGAAACCUCGUAUCCCCAUCUCAUCAUCUGCUACAGCCCGACCUCUGGAUUUGAGCUUCCUGAAACAACGCACGUUCCUAAUGCUGCAGGCAGGCAAUAUCAUCCAGAGUUUCGGAUACUUCCUACCGACAACAUACCUUCCAUCAUACUCGACAGAAACAAUUGGGUUAUCUCAAACUACUGGCACGAUGCUCGUCUCUCUCUUCAACGCAACAUCUGUCUUUGGCGGGAUAGCUUUUGGAGCACUAUGUGACCGCUUCUCAGUGACCAACAUCAUGCUUUUGUCGUCAAUUGGCUCGGCGCUGUCCGUGUUCCUGUUCUGGGGCAUGGCAUCGUCUGGUUCAGACUCGUCCCAGACGGCCAUUGCUCUUCUUACUGUCUUCUCCAUCACAUAUGGCUUUUUCGCCGGAGGUUUCAGCUCCACCUGGUCUGGGGUCAUCACUCAGAUCAAACGUGAUUCUUCACCAUCUCUGGAGACUGGACUUGUCUUUGGUCUCCUGGCAGGUGGGCGAGGAAUUGGGAAUGUGAUCAGUGGUCCGUUGAGCACGAUUUUGCUUCGUUCAGGCUCGCUGGGUGACUCGGGUAGUCUGAGUGGUAGCACUGGAUAUGAUACCCAGUAUGGCACACUCAUAAUAUUUACUGGAAUCACUGCAUUUCUUGGGGCAUGGAGUUGGAUGUGGCGGGCUCCUCCUGACACAAUGGCAACAGAUGCUGCGCUACAAGACCCGCUGCUGUCACUUCGACGCGCAAUUGCCUCUGGCAACCUCCCAACGCCGACUACCUCGUCCGAGCUCUCCGAUCAACAUGCCACGGAAGAUCUAGCCAAAGCCACACAUCUCUACUUCUCCCAACCAGUCGCUCAAACAAUUCCUCUGUCCACAGUCACAAGAUUCAUAUCAGAGGCAACCCAAUCUGCUGUCGACCUGCGCAGUAUUCUGUUCGCUUGGCAGAACAAGGAUGUCGCCAUUCCCGAAUACAUUGCUUCAGCGGAGAAGUUCAAUGAAGAGCUGAAGAAGCAGACACAAGAAGGUGGCAAGGAGCAAAGUGUUCAGAUUCUGGUUUUCGUCGAGCGCCUCGACCUUAUCACCUGGUUAGAAGGCGCCGCUGAGGAAAUCGACCACAUCAAACCUCUCGAGGGAGCAGCUGCGGCUGCCGAGGCUGCCGCCGCCGCUGCUGGUGUAGCUCAGGCUGAGAAUGCGGCGGGAAUUGCUGCCGGUGCGACUGGCGGUGUUUCCACAGCCCCCAGUGGGACCGCAGGAGCAGUACAGACCGGAGCUCAAUCUGGUCGCCCACAAAAGCAGAUCGAUCCUCGACUACAGGAAAUUUACAAUGGAGAGCGCAAGACAGGUGAUCGCAACACCGUGCUGCGGGGAAUCAAGCCAACUGACUUUUCACACGUCCGCAAGAGCGCCGAGCUGUUCCUUGACCGAAGCCGCAGUCGCCCAGGCCAGCCAAGUGCCAAACCGGGCAGCAAGAGCGUUGUCCCAGCGCCCUCAGCUGGACUAUCGAUGCCAUCAUCACGCAAGUCCAGCUCCUCCAACGCUCCUAUCAUUCUGAUCUCGCCCUCCGCCUCCUCUCUCAUCCGCAUGUCGAACGUCAAGACAUUCCUCGAAAAUGGUAUCUUCGUACCACCAGACCACCCCACCCUCUCCAGCGCAACAGACGCCAACCUAGUGAAGCUCGAGCGCCCACUCCGCAUCAACAGCGAUCCAUCCAACCCCAGCGCAAGCGCAAUCGGUUCCAGAACCGGUGGAAAGCCCACCCGCCCAACCAAGUUCUUUAUCGUCGAUGGCACAUCCAGCUUCAAGCCCGAAUAUUGGAACCGUCUCGUGGCUGUCUUCACCACCGGCCAAACAUGGCAAUUCAAAUCCUACAAAUGGACCUCCCCACCCGAGCUCUUCAAGCACGCAACCGGCAUCUACGUCGGUUGGCGCGGCGAGGACGUCCCCAGCCAAGUCAAGGGCUGGGGACGUGGCGUUGACAACUUCGCUGUUGAGCGCUGGGACGAAAGGAAUGGCGUCGAGGGUGGUGGUCGCUGGCGAGAUCGUGAGGUCGUCGAGGGUAUUUGGUCUGCUAUUGAAGAGGGCAUGAGACUCCGUGGUUGGGGCUCCAAGUAG